AUGGAUGGUUUACUACUUAACACAGAGGAUAUCUAUACUAUCACAUUAAAUGAAAUCCUAGCAAGAUAUAGUACUGGUCCAUUAACAUGGGAUGUGAAAAUAAGAUUACAAGGAUUACCAGGUCCUGAGGCUGGGAGAAGAGUUAUCGAGCACUAUAACUUACCUAUCACCUUGGAAGAUUACGAUCGUAUGAACUUAGAAAUUCAAAGUAGUAAAUGGGGGUCAUGUGCCUUUUUGCCAGGUGCAUUAGAACUACUAAAUUAUUUACAUGGUAAAGGUAUUCCAAUUGCUUUAUGCACUUCAAGUAAUAAGACAAAAUUCAAAGGCAAGACUAGUCAUUUAACACAUGGAUUUGAUUUGUUUGAUGCCAUUGUCACGAUUUCUGACCCAAGGAUUCCAAAAGGAAGAGGUAAACCACAUCCAGAUAUCUGGCAAUUAGGCCUAAAACUAUUAAAUGAAAAAUUUCACUCAAAUAUUGAAGCUAAAGAUUGUUUAGUCUUUGAAGAUGGUAUCCCAGGUGUUCAGUCUGGUAGAGCUUUUGGUGCUCAUGUUAUUUGGGUACCUCAUCCAGAGGCUACCAACUAUCUAGGUGAUGUUGAUAAAGUGUUAGGUGAAAGAGGUGAACUUCUUACAUCAUUGGAGAAAUUUGAUCCAAAGAAGUACGGCCUAUAA